AGAUCCAGCCACCCACCCCCGUCGUCCCCUCCCUCCCGGUGCCUUCCCUCCUUCCUGGCGGCGGGGCGGUCCCAGGCCCAGCGCCCGCCGAGUCCGCGGGCUGCAGCCAGGUGCGCGCGGGCCCAGGAUGCGCGGGUGUCCGCUGCUCGUGCUGUGCGCGCUGCUCCCCGCGGCGGCGGCGGGGGACUCGGGCGGGUCCCUCGGGUCCCUCCCCCGCCGCGCGAUGCUGGACGGCGAGGGCAGGUACUGGCUGGGCUGGGGCCCGCGGGGCGGCCGCCUCGCCUUCCGCCUCGAGGUGCGCACGGCCGGCUACGUGGGCUUCGGCUUCUCGCCCGCGGGCACCAUGGCGGCGGCCGACAUCGUGGUGGGCGGCGUGGCCCACGGGCGGCCCUACCUCCAGGACUAUUUUACAAAUGCAAAUAAAGAGUUGAAAAAAGACACCCAGCAAGAUUACCACCUGGAGUAUGCCAUGGAAAAUGAUACACACACAAUAAUUGAAUUUACCAGAGAACUGCAUACAUGUGACAUAAAUGACAAGAGUAUAACGGAUAGCACGGUGAGAGUGAUCUGGGCCUAUCACCAGGAGGAUGUGGGAGACACCGGCCCCCAGUACCAUGAAUCCAACCGGGGCACCAAGAGUCUACGGUUACUCAACCCUGAGAACACGAAUGUGUUGCCAACAGCCUUGCCGUAUUUUGACCUGGUAAAUCAAGACGUCCCCAUCCCAAACAAGGGUACGACGUACUGGUGCCAAAUGUUUAAGAUCCCUGUGUUCGAGGAAAAGCAUCAUGUAAUAAAGGUGGAGCCAGUGAUACACAGAGGCCACGAGAGCCUGGUCCACCACAUCCUGCUCUAUCAGUGCAGCAGUGGCUUUAACGACAGUGUCCUGGACUACGGCCACGAGUGCUACCACCCAAACAUGCCUGACGCCUUCCUCACCUGCGAGACCGUGAUCUUCGCCUGGGCCAUUGGUGGAGAGGGUUUUUCCUACCCACCUCAUGUUGGAUUAUCCCUUGGCACUCCACUAGAUCCUCAUUAUGUACUUCUAGAAGUCCAUUAUGAUAAUCCAACACAUAAGAAAGGCUUGAUAGACAGUUCUGGGCUGAGGCUGUACCACACUACGGAUUUAAGGAAGUAUGAUGCUGGGGUGAUCGAGGCUGGCCUCUGGGUGAGCCUCUUCCACACCAUCCCUCCAGGGAUGCCCGAGUUCCGCUCUGAGGGCCACUGCACCCUGGAAUGCCUACAAGAGGCUCUGGAGGCUGAAAAGCCGAAUGGAAUCCACGUGUUUGCGGUUCUUCUGCACGCUCACCUCGCUGGCAGAGGCGUCAGGCUGCGGCAUUUUCGCAAAGGGAAGGAAAUGAAAUUACUUGCUUAUGAUGACGAUUUCGACUUCAAUUUCCAAGAGUUUCAGUAUCUAAAGGAAGAGCAAACAAUCUUGCCAGGAGAUAACCUCAUUACAGAAUGCCGCUACAAUACAAAGGAUAGAGUUGGCAUGACAUGGGGAGGGCUAAGCACCCGAAAUGAAAUGUGUCUCUCCUACCUGCUUUACUACCCAAGAGUUAAUCUCACCAGAUGCGCAAGCAUUCCGGACAUCAUGGAACAGCUGCAGUUCAUCGGUGUGAAGGAGAUCUACAGGCCGGUCACGACAUGGCCUUUCAUUAUCAAAAGCCCCAAGCAGUAUAAAAACCUUUCUUUCAUGGAUGCAAUGAAUAAGUUUAAAUGGACUAAGAAAGAGGGGCUGUCCUUCAACAAGCUUGUCCUGAGCCUGCCCGUGAACGUGAGAUGUUCCAAGACAGAUAACGCGGAGUGGUCGAUCCAAGGAAUGACAGCCUUGCCCCCCAACAUAGAGAGGCCGUACAGGGCAGACCCUGUGGUGUGCAGGACGUCUUCUCCCGCUCCUCCUCCCAGAGGUCUCUCUCUGCAGCUGCUCCUGUGCAUGCUGCUGCUCAGUGGGGUGCUCAGUACCUGGCGCUGGUGAUCCCGAUCCUGCUCACCUGAUGACCAUGUCUGUUGCCACCUGGAUCUGUCAUUUCAAGUGCAGAUUGAAGCCUGUCCACUUCCCGUGUGAAGAGCGUGGAGACUGAACUUUGUCCACUGCUACCUGCCCUCCCUCUCCUGACCACUCUUCUUGAGGGACAUCGGGUGUGCUCUGUUUGGUGAACAGCCCCUGCCUUCGGUAUUUUUUAAUGAUUCCCUCUCCUGCUGUCAAAAUCUACUGGUGACCCCAAACUGUCCACACCAGUCACGAAGUGCUGUUACCCCUCUGUGCUCAGUACUCCAGUUUUCUUCUGAAGCUCUGCCACUAUGUACAAAGAAAGAGGUUCUGAGAAGUGUAGGCUUGGUAGUCACCAGUGGGAGGCAGAAGAAAGCGUCGCUGGCUGUGUGGAGCUGGUUCUGAGGUCCAGAGUCCACCUGCACAGUGAGAGGCCCAGCCAGGAGGGAGGAAGUCUGCCUUGGUCCUCACCGACUGCCCAGGCUUUCACACACGCUGCAAGCUGGCCCACCUGAGUCGUGGUUCCCUCUGCAGAUUUUUUUUAUAUUAGUUAACAAACCAACUUUGAAUAUAGUUUCACCCAUUGAAAGUUUUGUGGCUUUUUCAGUUCUCUUUGUAAAGUUUAGACAAGUUUUAUUUUAUGUCUUAUCCUCAUUUUCUUAAGCUAAAUCCAUUUGGAUCAUAUUAGUAAACUAAAUGCACUUAAAUUUUUGUGUAGUAUCUUAUGCACUCAGAGAAGCAGAUAGUUCCAUUGGUGUUGUCAAUAAAAUUGAUUGAGAAUGUUGCAUAUUUA